AUGGUUAAAAUAGCUGAAAAGCGCAUAGCAUCAUUUAAUCAUAUACAAACAAAUACGAACAAAGUGGGAAGAGUAUCAUCACUUAGUUCUGAUGAGAUUGAUGGAAUUUUUAUAAAUUAUUCUAUUUAUCCACAGCGUG